AUGUCCUCUACGCCCACAGGCACCGCGCCGACAGGUAACACCAAGCCCGCGCUAACGGGCGCAAAGAUCAAGCAGCGCAAGGGCGUCGUCAAGUCCCAGGCCAAGUUCGAACCCGAAGUUUUCCGCGACGCCCUCUACAAGCACCUCGAAGGCAUCAGCCCCGAGGACUGGGACGCCUUUGCCACCGCGCUCGACAAGGCGGGCAACACGCUCGAGUACCGCAAGUAUGCCGACCCGCUGUUUGAGAUCCUCAUUGUAGGCGGCAUCCUCGCCCCCGGCGGCGCCUUUGUCGAUGACGGCGCGCCGCCCAGCCCCUUCUCCAUCGCUGGCGCAAAGAGCGACAAGCUCGAGGAUGUCAAGCCCUUUGUCGACGUCCUCGAGAAGCUCAUCCGACGCUACAAGUUCCUCCAGCGACCCCUCGAGGAGUCGACCCUCAACGGCAUCCUCCAGUACGUCAACCGCUACGAGGUCGAGCAGAGGAACAAGCUCGCCGUCGCCACCGCCCUCAUGAUUCAGCAGGGGCUCGCCUCGGCCAGCGUCCUCUCGACGCUGCAAAAGGACCACCUGGCCAAGGACGACCUCGCCAUCAGCUUCAUCGACCUCGUCUUCCGCACCUACCUCGUCGACCAGACCAUGGACCACCUUGCCAGCUCCCUCCGCAAGGGCGGCGUCCGCAACUGGCUCCUCUUCUUCCCCCAGACCAAGCGCGACCAGCCCAACAUUGUCGCGUCGCACUUCAGGAGCGCCGAGGUCGGCCUGCCCCAGGUCGCCGAGUACUGGCAGAAGCGCCAGCAGAAGGACAUCCGCGACCAGACCGUCGCCCGCCUCGGCGAGAUGGUGUCGUCGGACGAGGACGCCGCCUCGAUCCCCGAGGUCGUCGAGUUCCUCCAGGCGCAGAUGAAGUCGGCCGGUGUCGGCCCCGAGGACUUUGUGCCGUUCAUCUGGGAGGGCCUGAUGAAGGCCGUCGACUGGAGCGUCCGCCAGGACCAGCUCGAGGGCGCGGUGCUCAAGGAGCUGAAGAAGGACUGCCCCAUCCUCGAGCCGUUCUGCAGCAGCGCACGCGCCCAGAUCUCGCUCAUCAACAGCAUCCAGCUCUUUUGCUAUGCCGACACGCGCGUCAUCAAGAGCUUCCCCAAGAUUCUCCAGACGCUCUACAACGGCGACGUCAUCUCGGACGACGCCAUCCUCUACUGGGCCCAGAAGGGCGCCAAGGCGCAGGGCAAGGCCCACUUCCUCAAGGCGUGCGAGCCCCUCAUUCGCUUCCUGCAGGAGGACGACGAUGACGAGGACGAGGAGUAG